CUGUUAUAAACCCUUUCUCCCCAAAGCUUCAGCCGCAAAUCAGCAUUUCUAGUCAGAGAGAAGUCACCUCGCUCUGUUGCAGCAUCCAGAUCUGAAUACAAUCAUGGCAGAGGAAGAAAAUCAGAAUGAGAUGAAAGAGGAAGUUAAGGAUGAUGUUGGAGAUAUAGCUCCUUUUGACCCAACAAAAAAGAAGAAAAAGAAGAAGCCAGUGGCUCAAGAUCUAAUUGAAGAGGAGUCUGUUGAUUCUCUAGCUGAGAAAACUGAGAGCUUAUCUGUUUCUGAUGGUCUGGAAACUUCAUUUACUGGUCUCAAAAAGAAAAAGAAGAAACCGGCACAUGCAGAUCUCCUGACUGAAGAAAAAGAAAAUAUUGGGGAGGACUUGGAUGAUAUCAUUGGUGAGGAUGAGGAAGGAGAAGGAAUUGUGUUGCAACAAUUUCCAUGGGAAGGGAGUGAUCGGGAUUAUGAAUAUGAGGAGCUUCUUGGGCGUGUCUUUAACAUUCUCCGUGAGAAUAAUCCCGAGCUUGCUGGAGAUCGGCGCAGGACAGUUAUGAGGCCACCUCAAGUUCUUCGUGAAGGCACCAAGAAAACUGUAUUUGUCAAUUUCAUGGAUCUUUGCAAGACGAUGCAUAGACAACCUGAGCAUGUCAUGACCUUCUUGCUGGCGGAAAUGGGAACAAGUGGGUCUCUGGAUGGACAACAAAGAUUAGUAGUCAAAGGAAGGUUUGCUCCCAAGAAUUUUGAGGGAAUUCUGCGACGCUAUAUUAAUGAAUAUGUUAUAUGCAAUGGCUGCAAAAGUCCGGAUACCAUCCUCUCAAAGGAGAAUCGUCUCUUCUUUCUCAGAUGUGAAAAGUGUGGUUCUGGAAGAUCAGUUGCUCCUAUCAAGGCUGGAUUUGUUGCUCGUGUUGGUCGCCGGAAAGCUGGAACGUAAUGAAAGCUGUUCUUCGGGAACAAUGUGUUCUAUACUGUGAAUUGAUCUAGAUCUCUGUUGUUAGUAAACAAACCAACAGCACUGCCUGUCUUUAUUUUGCUCUUGAUAAUAAGGACAUAUUGAAAUUUUCUGUGAAGAGGUACCAAAGGUUUGGUGGAAUUUUGAGUGCGGUAUAUCUGUUUCCUUGCAGCAUUUUAUUUCACCUCAAUUUCCCUGCCUUUCUCUGCGCAGCGAUCCUUCAUGGAAUAGGUGUUGGUUUUAGCUUACAGUGGCAAGGGUCCUCUUUUCCACUUUGAUUUCGAAGAUUGAGUUUGUUCUGUGUCUUUAUAUGCAAAUUCAAGUCAUUGUAGCAUAUGAAUUUGGCCUUUGGUUCAAUCAUAACUUAGAAAUUAUGAUGGGUGAUGUGUAAGUAAUGUCCAAGUAAA